GCCGUCGGGAGCACCACGCUCGGCCUCGCCUACGGCCUCAACGCGGCGGAGCUCGUGGUGGCUGCGGCCAUGCCGUCCUCCGCCGCGCGCGCGGCCGCGGUGUUCUACCCGAUCACCGUGUCGGUCUGCAAGGCGUCGGGCUCCGACCCCGCCAGGGGCACCCGCCUGAAGAGCGGCGCGUUCCUGGUGGAGUGUUGCUACCAGGCGACGGCCACGUCGUCUUGCCUGUUCCUCACCGGAGCCGCGCAGAACUUCUUUAUUCUGAAGCUGGCAGCGGGCGUGGGGAUCGAUGUGCCGUCGCCCUUCGCAACCUGGUUCAAGGCUGCGUUUGCACCUGCUAUGGCAUCCUUUUUGCUCGCGCCGCUGGUGGCGUACGUCAUUCUCGAGCCCGAGGACAAGAAGACACCGCAGGCGCCAGUUGAUGCAGCGAGACGCUUGGAGGACAUGGGUCCUGCCACCGACGACGAGAAGGUGUUUGGCCUCGUCAUCCUGGGAAUGGUAGUCCUCUGGGGCAUGGCCUCCACGCUCGGGGUGCCCCCAGUGGUCACCGCCGUCUCGGGCCUGUCCGUGCUGAUCCUGGCCGGCGUGCUGACGUGGGACGACUGCGUCAAAAACAAGGCUGCUUGGUCCACGUUCGUGAACUUUGCGCUCCUGGUCAGCCUGGCAUCGAUGUUGAACAACCUGGGGAUAGUCAGCUGGCUGGCCACGACGAUCACUGGACUGAUCACCGCCGCCGGUCUGGGCGGCGUGUCUGCCUUCUUCGUCAUAGUGGUCGCGUACUGGCUCGUGCACUACGCUUUCGCCUCGCAGGUGGCGCACGUGUCUGCCCUCUUCCAGCCGUUCCUGUUGAUGCUGGUGCAGACGGGCACGCCCCCGCUUCCGGCCGUGUUCACGCUCGCGUUCGCCUCCAAUUUGUUCAUGUCCCUGACGCCGUACGCCUCCGCGCAGUCUGCGGUCAUCAUGGGGGGCGGGUACGUCAGCACAGGAGAGUGGUACAAGUGCGGCUUUGUCUACUUCCUGUUUUAUCUUGUGUUAUGGAUUGGUAUCGGUGCCCCAUGGUGGAAGCUGAUCGGCCUGCUGUGA